AUGGGGCCCGCCGUCAUGUGGAGGACCUUCGGAUCGGCGCUCUUCCUGCUGGCCAGCACGCAGUGUCAAACGUUCAUACGGCGAACAGCAAACGUGUGCCGGACGGAUGACGAGUGUCCGAUGCAAGCUUACUGCGAACGAUACAACACCAUUCACGAGUACGGGGUCUGUUCGUGCAUGGCCGGCUACUUUGCCGUGACCGACACUAACACGACGCGGCGCUGUUUGCGAGCGGCCACAGACAUUGGGGAUUACUGCCUCCACAACGAUCAGUGCCAGUAUACGCUUAGCACGGACUCGGAGUGCAGGGACAAUUCGUGCCAGUGCCGCGAAGCAGCCCAUUACGUUGAACGUGAAAAGCGAUGUUAUAAAACGAGCUUGCUGGGCGAAUACUGCCGGCUAACGAACAACUGUAUCGGGAAUGGUACUUACUGCCGUGACGGUAUCUGCGUGUGCACACCGGGCAAACAUCCGAACGUCGACCGGAACCGGUGUCUGUACGAUGCAAAGCUCGGAGACCAAUGCUUUCGGGACGAGGAGUGCGUGACGGAUAAUUCGCGGUGCGCACAAGAAACCUGUACGUGCCGAGUCAGUCACGUGCUCAACGAACAGCGAAACCGAUGCCUACCCAUUGUUAGUAAAAUAUAUGACCUCUGCGAGGAGCACAUUCAGUGCCUGUAUAACAUCCCAUACUCGCAGUGUCGCAUCACGACCGGGACGGAUGGGAUCACCACAGGUCGUUGUACAUGCGCCAAUCGGUUCCACGAAGCGGGCUUGAAAUGUCACUCAUCCGUGCAUCUGAAUGGGAUCUGUGAGGUGCCGCAAAACUGUAUCGAUCCCGAUACCAGUUGCUUCCACGGGCGCUGCCGUUGCAUCGAUCACAUGAUCGAGGUGGACGGAAUUUGUUCUUCGGCUUCACAGAUACGGAUCGGUUGGGUUCUUCUUAGUAUACUACUAGCCGUUAGUACACCGAACACCAUCAGUUGA